GGCUUCUUGACGUUCGACAGCUCGGCACUGGGUCCGGUUGCAGUCUGGUCAAAUCGGUGCUCGACGUCGGACGUGGUUUUGACAUUUCUCUCUCGGUGGCGACGGUAGCCUACUAGAUCUCAGUGUGUGUGUUGAAAGGGCUCCUGGAGCAGUAGCUGUUGCCCCCCCGGGGGAGCCAAAGGGAGUCGGAGUCCCAGUUCUUUGUGGUGGGUCGUGGACGGCCCGGGGUUUUUGCGGCCGUGUGGACCCGUCACGGGGGUCAGUGCUGGGCGAAAACGGAGUCAUUUGGGACGCUUUCCGGAGUGAUUAGGCGGGUUUGGAGCAAGUUUUCGAAGUUUGUCUGGUCUGGGGGGGUGGGAAAUUUUUGCACUGCGGAGAAGGAGGGUCAAGUGGGGUUGUGUUGUGUUUUGCUGCUGCUGUGUACUUCCUAGAGUGUGUCUGGCUUUCUGUUGAUCGCCAACUACUUGAGUGCGCGUGUGUGUGUGUUGGUACUAGCUUAAGUCUGGCUGUGUUGUUACUGCUGCUGCUGUAGUGUGAUAUCGUUGGAGAAAAGGGAAAGAAAAUCCAAAAGAAAGAGCAAAUGUGUGUAAAUGUUUGAUUAAUGCUGGUGCUUGGAAAAAAUCGCCGAUUGAAAGCCAAUCUCGGCGGUGGGUGGUACGAAUCUCCUCCCGAAGAGUAAAAUUACUGCUAUUUUACGACCAGCUCAUAAAAUGCGCUGAUCCAGAGUACGUGCGUGUGUGUGUUUGUUCCCACUAGGGCAAGGGCAGACCCGGAAAAACCACCCACGAAAGUGGGUGGCGGAAAAAUCAUUUCCCUUAUGCAAAUUAUGCUCGCGCUAAACAUGUGAUCACACACCAACAAAAAAAGGAGAAAAAGAGAAGAGAAAAAAGCAUUUCGUUGGUGUCUGCGUGUGUGUGUUCGCGUCAAUAAAAAAAGGAAGAAUCACUGAAUGGCAAGUUCGUGAGCGGAGUUUGGAAGCUUUUUUUUGCCGUGCGUGCCCACCCCACCUUCCGGAACCAGCACCCAGGCAGUACCUUUGGGAAAUGGAUAGACCUCUGCUGCCGUUGCUGUAAUCAUGAUGCAUGUCACUGAGUGCCAAUAUCGUUGGUGAUGAAUCUGUUCAGUUACGAUGUUUUAUAACAGUUUUAUGCGCACUGCACGGAGUUGGAUCGAGGCGAAUUUCCAGAAGCGCGAGUGCAUCAAGUACAUCCCUAACCUCAAAAAUGAAGAUGUCUGCUGUUGCGGGCAGGAGCGGCGAACGCACCAAACGGUGCCGGGCAUCGAACCUGGCGUGGCCGGCGACGUCUGGCAGCCGCAGAAGCACACUCGGCCCCAGCCAACGGACGCGUACGGGACGAUCGAGUUCCAGGGCGGAGCGCAUCCCACCAAAGCACAGUACGUCCGCCUCUCGUACGACACCCGGCCCGAGCUGCUGGUGCAGCUUUUCACCCGCGAGUGGAACCUGGAACUCCCGAAGCUGCUCAUCACCGUCCAGGGAGGCAAGGCGAACUUCGAUCUGCAACCCAAGCUGAAGAAGGUGCUGAGGAAAGGACUCCUCAAGGCGGCCAAGACGACCGGGGCUUGGAUCUUCACCGGCGGGACCAACACAGGUGUCACGAAACAGGUCGGCGAUGCACUCAUACUGGACGGCCAGCAGCGGUCGGGACGCGUUGUCAGCAUCGGUAUCGCACCCUGGGGCAUCGUGGAGCGGAACCACGAGCUGCUCGGCCAUAACCGGGACGUUCCCUGUCACAGUAUUAGCUCGCCGCGCUCCAAACUGGCCGUGCUCAACAACCGGCACGCGUACUUCUUGCUGGUGGACAACGGCUCCCAGGGCCGGUACGGGGCCGAGCUGAUCCUGCGCCGGAAGCUGGAAAAGUACAUAUCGAACCAGAAGUUGCAACCCUAUAAGGCACUUUCGGUGCUGAUGAAUUUCCAUUAUAAAGUUACGCACUCGAGCACCCCCGUAGUCUGCUUGGUAAUCGAGGGUGGCACCAACACGAUCCGCGCCGUCCUAGAGUACGUCACCGACAGCCCCCCGGUGCCGGUCGUGGUCUGCGACGGGUCCGGGCGGGCCGCCGACCUGAUCGCGUUUGUACAUAAAUAUGCGUCCGAUACGGGCGAACAGAUCGUGCUGGAGUCGAUGCACGAUUACCUGCUCGGCACGAUCCAAAAAACGUUCGAGGUGGGCGCUGAACAGGCCGAGCAGCUGUACCAGGAGCUGCUGCUCUGCACGAAGAACAAGAACCUGAUCACGAUCUUCCGGAUCCAGGAUCGGCCCGAGGGCAAAACGCAAGAGCUGGACCAAACCAUACUGACUGCACUUUUUAAAUCUCAGCACCUUAGUCCACCGGAGCAGUUGAGCCUGGCGCUGACCUGGAACCGGGUGGACAUUGCCCGGUCGGAAAUUUUUGUCUACGGCCAGGAGUGGCCCCACGGAGCGCUGGACGAGGCGAUGAUGCAAGCGCUGGAGCACGAUCGGAUAGACUUUGUGAAGUUGCUGCUGGAGAACGGAGUCUCGAUGCGAAAGUUCCUGACGAUUCCACGGUUGGAAGAGUUGUACAAUACAAAGCACGGACCAGCGAACACCCUGGGGUACAUCCUGAGGGACGUUCGACCACAUAUACCGAAAGGGUACAUUUACACGUUGCACGACAUAGGGUUAGUGAUAAACAAACUGAUGGGCGGGGCCUAUCGGUCUUAUUAUACGCGGCGGAAAUUCCGGCCAAUCUACGCCAAGGUCAUGAACAGCUACGUCAACACCCACCGGAAACCUUCGACGUUUGCGCGCAGUGCCGGCGUCAACUCGAUGAGUCUGGUGACCGGACUGCUACCAGUUACCUCCGAUAUGGCACUGUUUGAGUUCCCUUUUAACGAACUCCUCAUCUGGGCGGUGCUCACCAAGCGACAACAGAUGGCACUGCUCAUGUGGACGCACGGCGAAGAAGCGCUGGCCAAAUCGCUGGUCGCCUGCAAGCUGUACAAAGCGAUGGCCCACGAAGCGGCGGAUGACGAUCUGGACACGGAGAUCUACGAGGAGCUGCGCGGUUACGCGAAGGAGUUCGAGAGCAAGGGCCUUAAGCUGUUGGAUUUUUGCUACCGCCAGGAUGCGGAACGGGCCCAGCGGUUGCUGACGUGUGAACUGCAGUCCUGGUCUAGCCAAAGCUGCCUCUCGCUGGCGGUGGCGGCCAACCACCGGGCGAUCCUGGCCCACCCGUGCAGUCAGGUCAUCCUGGCGGAUCUGUGGAUGGGCGGGCUGCGAACGAGGAAGAACACUAAUCUUAAGGUAAUAUUAGGUUUACUGGUGCCACCCUUCAUCAAGAAGCUGGACUUCAAAUCGAAGGAGGAGCUACAAAAGAUGCCCCAAACUGAGGAGGAACACCUCGAGAACCAGUGUCUGGACUACGACGACAACGGCAAGCACAAUCCGGACGCAGAGAAAGCACUAGAGAUUUCCACUCCAAAUGAGAAACCUGUUGUCGAUCAGAACUCGACGUCGACCGCGCAGGCGCUUUUGUCCGACGCGUACUCUAUGAAAGAUACAAAAGUGCAGGAAAAUGGAAAAGUAGGUCUGACCGGAUGUCUGAAGGCAAAAGUUUCGCUGACGGAUUCGGAGAACACCCAGUAUAAGGACUACAUGUACGACCACGACAUGCGCCAUAGGCCGCUGAAGCUGAAGAAGAAGUUCUACGAGUUCUACACGGCGCCCAUUACCAAGUUUUGGGCAGAUUCGAUGGCGUACGUGUUCUUUCUGGUGCUGUUUACGUACACGGUGCUGGUCCGGAUGGAGCCCUACCCGAGCUGGCAGGAAGCGUACUCGAUAGCGUACAUCGCCACGCUGGGCUGUGAAAAGAUCCGGGAGAUCGUCUCGUCGGAACCGGUGGCCAUUUCCCACAAAUUCUCCGUCUGGGCGUGGAACAUGUGGAACCCGUGCGACGCGGCCGCCAUCAUCUUCUUCCUCAUCGGGCUGGUGCUGCGCUUUCGGCCGUACACAAUGGACGUCGGCCGGGUCAUCUACUGCGUGGACAGCAUCUACUGGUACUUGCGCAUCCUGAACAUCCUGGGCGUCAACAAGUACCUCGGACCGCUGGUGACAAUGAUGGGCAAGAUGGUGAAGAACAUGAUUUAUUUCGUGGUGCUGUUGCUGGUGGUGCUGAUGAGUUUCGGGGUCAGCAGGCAGGCCAUUCUGUUCCCGAACAACGACGCCAGCUGGCGGUUGAUCCGCGAGGUGUACUACCAGCCGUACUUCAUGCUGUACGGAGAGGUGUUUGCCGACCAUAUUGAUCCACCGUGCGGGGAGGAUCCCUCGCAGCCGAUGUGCGUGACGGGUCACUGGAUUACGCCCAUCGUCAUGACGGGUUAUCUCUUGAUUUCCAACAUCUUGCUCAUCAAUCUGCUCAUUGCGGUGUUCAACAAUAUCUACAUUGAGGUCAACUCCGUGUCGCAUCAGGUCUGGAUGUUCCAGCGUUUCACCGUCGUGAUGGAGUACCAGCAGAAGCCGGUUCUCCCGCCGCCGUUGAUCGCCUUUUGCCACUUUUACUCCUUUCUCAAGUAUUGUGUGCGCAAGGCGAAAGGCCUCCAGCAGUCCCGGGACAACGGCCUCAAGCUGUUCCUCGAGAAGGAGGACAUGGAGCGGUUGUACGACUUUGAGGAGGAGUGCGUCGAGGGUUACUUCCGCGAGCAGGACGUUCUGCUGCAGCAGUCCACCGAGGAGCGCAUCAAGAACACGGACGAACGGGUCGAAAACAUGUCGCAGAAGAUCGAGGACAUUAACCAGAAGGAGAACAUCCAGACGGCCACGGUGCAGAACAUCGAGUUUAGGCUGAGGAAGGUAGAAGAAUCAGCGGAUCAGAUUCUGUCCCACCUGGCGGUUAUCCACCGGUUCAUGUCCGCGCACACGCAGAUCCAGGACAACCUGAACGGUUCCAACAGCAACGUCAGCGGGACGGGUGGAAUCGGUGCCAUAGCGAGUGUCCCCACGGUAGGACCGGGAAUCGUGUUCGACUCGCGCGCUCGGACCAUCUCGGAGACCGAUAGCAACAUCAUCCCCAUAAUCCCCGCAAAUCCGGUCAAUCCGAGGCGGAAGAUGAACCGAUCGCUGACGGAGGUUCGCCCCGACGCGUACAUCUUCGACGACGGGAUGCACUUUGAGGUGAGGACGGUACCGGAGGAGAAUGAGAGCGACCGGUCGCCGGAAAAGACCCAUUCAGGAUCGCACGAACCGCGCAAGCUUUCGAUGCGCUCGGAAGACUCGGAAAUGUUCCUGCCCCCGUCGUCGAAAGCGCUCUCGCCGGUGGAAUCCGCGGGGGUGGCCAGUUCGACCAGCAAGCAAGCAAAGACCCCGUUCCUGAACGUGCGCCAGGACACGGCCAGCACGGAAAGCAAGGACACGUUGACGCCGCUGGAGAACUGCGACGAUCGGACGCUGAUCGGGGACGAAUCCGGCGAGGACAUCAUCGACCCGGCCAACUUUGACGGACUGCGGCAGAGGGCGGCCGCGGCGAGGCGGAGGAACAGCUCGAUGGGUGGUGGAGGAGCGGCUGGGGGAGGAGGAGGAGGUGGAGGAAGGAGGAAUUCCGAGAGUGCUUCCGGGUUCGACAUGAACAAGUCCCAGAACAGUUUGUACCAGUUGAGCUUUGUCAAGCGGCAGCACAGUGUGACGCAGUCGGAGCCGGAUAGUGGGAAUGAUCAACCAGCCGUCCAGCGUCCGGUGGCCAAGGGGCGCCACCUGUUGCUGCAGAUCCACCAGGAGUACACGUCCAUCACUGACGAGCUGGAGAGUGUGUGCCACAUGAUAACCUCACCGACUUCGUCACGGGGCGGCACCGAUGACCGGCCGAAGAACGUGAACGAGUUGAGCAAUCCGGAGUUUGCGGCGCUGAUCGAGAAACAGCACCUGAAGGAGUGCGAGGACAGCGACUAUCUGAUGAUGGAGCGGAUUCUGCAGACGCGAGGUUCGGUGGAAGACAGUGACGACAUGUUUGAUGACUUUCAUGAAGAUGGAGGGGGUCGGAAGAUGCUGCGGAGGGAGACGGCGAUCGAGCUGCCGGUGACGCCUUCGAAGAGUAACAUUUUGUCGCUGGCGGAGAGUGUGGGUGCCAAUGAGGAGCAUUAUAGUAUUAGAAAUGAGCGGCAGACGUCGGCGUCGAAUCGGAAUUCGAUGCGAGACUCAAAAAAUUCCCCAGUGUCCUUAUCCAGUCAGAAUUCCCCGAGGAAUUCGCAGUUUUUGCAAUCGUCAUACUUAAAUCCGUCGUCGUUUGAUGGGGGGAGAAUUUACAAAAAGUCGUGCGAAAGUUUGCAGAAGAACUCGAGCACGGACACGGAGUAUUCGCUGCAGCCGUACCGGUUCAUCAAGCAAAGCUCGAACGAAACCAACAGCUCGAUCAACGUGGACAACUCGUCCAUCACGAACGACCUCUCGAUGGACGGCGAAACGAGCCUCAACUCGACGGUGAUCGAGAUGCUCGCCGGUUCAGCGAAUCUCGGCCCACCGGAAGACCGGACAGGUUUCACCAAGCGUACGGCAUCGCUUGGCAGUGCGUCGCUCGUCCACCAAAACUCCGACACGACCAAUUCCACCUCGACGACGCGUCAAAGCUUCCUCAAGAAGCAACUCAGUAUCGACAAAAGUGGCCCGGGCGCCGCCGCCGGAUCGAUCCCGGAAAACCUCGAACGACUCGCCCCGCCUUCCAGCAAACCCAAACCAUCGAACCGCUUCUUCGACAACCUGUCCGUCCUCGGCACCAAGUCCGUCAUGUCGCUGCUCAAGGAGAGCAGCUCGACCAGCACCGACGACACGCAUACGGCCUCGCUGCGGGAGCCGGCACCGGCGCCCAUUCCGUGCAUCAGCACCAACCUGGUGCAGGACGAGAUCGCCAAGCUGUCGUCGAACAUUAAGAGUAGCACCGAUGAGGACACCGACCCGCCCUUUAACGAGACCAUGUGCUGAUUUUAGGUGAACCACGGGGUUAGUUGUUAAGGAGUCACGCACAGUUAGGGCACACACACAUCACGACAAUUGAGUUUAUCCCGUCAUCACUUUUUAAUCCAAAUUUGUAAGGAACGCGAACGACGAGCACCGGAUACAGUAUCGAAUUGUUAAAGUUUAUUUUUGAUAGAGUUAAAGAGCGGGAUGCAUGCAUGCGUGAAAUUGAGUUAGGAUAAUGGUAUCAAGUUGGGAAAUUUCCAGUUUCAAAGAAUUGUAUUGUUUAUUUUUGUAUUCUGCAAAAUUAUGCAACAUAUCUGGUUUAUUGUAUUUUCUGCAAAACUUUUAAAUAAAUUGAAAUAGUGUUUGAUCCUUAAUUUUGAUUCCCGGAAAAGUAGAAACCUCAAGCAUUUUUAAAAGUUUUUUUUAUGCCUUUUUAAAAACGUGCACAGGGGAAUUUUUUUAUAGGGGAAAUAUACCCAUUUUAAACCAAAUAAGCGGUCGUGUUUGAAUGAUGC